CGCCAGCUCUUACUCUGGUCGCCGUAAAUUCCAAGAUUUGUUGCAUUAGUGUGCCAAUUAUAGUGUAAAAUCAAAUUAAAACGCAUCUCAGACCUUUGGCGACUUGUAUUUACGCGCGCGUAUUGACGAUUUGUCAAAAAUUCUUCUUCGUAUUAAAAGUGUCAAUUUGACAUCUUAUACUGUCACGGCUGGCCUUAUACGGCCCUUGCGGAAAAGUCUUAUACUGAAAACUGGCUGUCGACAUGCCACGAUAUUCGAUUAUUUCAUAGCACUAGACGUUUGCCGCUUGCGUAGACUUGAAUAAUGAUUUCGCCGGAGCAGGAAGAGGUUAAUUUGGUGCUCGACCGCCAAGUUCGCCAGAAUAUCCAGGAUAUGAUGCAUGAAGCUCAAGUGCAGGCCACUUUGUUGGAAAGCGAAGGUCGCGAACGUCUGCACUCUGAGUCUAGCGUGGAUCAAGACGCUUUGCAUCACGAUACUAUGACUGUCCUUGGCACCAUAUCAGCUGACGAGAUAGUCGAAGAAGAUGACCUUACAUCCGAGCACGGUAUACAGGAAACGACUGAAAUACAGAACUACCACGACAUGAUUGUUGAUAAUGAACAUCAUAUUGAUAUAAAUGGGUCGCUGCGCAAGCGCCGCGGCAACUUGCCGAAACAUUCUGUGAAAAUUCUAAAGCGUUGGCUCUACGAGCAUCGUUACAACGCCUACCCCAGUGAUGCUGAGAAAUUCACCCUUUCUCAGGAGGCCAAUCUGACGGUGCUCCAGGUUUGCAACUGGUUCAUCAAUGCACGUCGUCGUAUAUUGCCUGAAAUGAUUCGUCGCGAGGGUAACGAUCCGUUGCACUUCACCAUCUCACGCCGCGGGAAAAAAGUAAGCCCGAACUCUUCAACUGUGAUGAAUCAGGGACCGAGUAGCAGUGCUCCUAAUCCCAUAACAGGCAGCCCUGCUUCUGAAGUGGUUGUUGGCGCCACCGAGGAGGUUGACAGCGCUGUUGAAAUGCACGACGGCAUUGCUAAUGUGCUCACCAAUUUCGAUCAGUAUGUUCAGGGCCCCAAUGGACAAAUUGUUAAGAUGGAGCCGGAAUAUGACGAAAGCGUUAUUUACAGUUGGCAACAAGCAAUAGCAAACAAUCCUCUUGGCUUCCAAAGUCUUCAUUCCUCGCUUCAAGCAACAAUGAUUGAUAAAAUACAGAACUAUCAGCUGCGCAAGGCAGCCAUGACUGGUGUGAGUGGAAGCCGUAAUUCAAUUUUGCCGUAUAGCCUCUUCGGGCAGCUUCCCCCAGAGUUUGAUGAGGACAGUCAGCCGGCACCAAAGCGCGGUCGCAAACGUCAACAAAGCAAGUCGGAAAACGACCAGUCGAAAAUGAUCAAGUUGACCAAAGAUGUGGCACAUCCAGGUUCAAAACAGGAACAGAAACAGUGCAUGGAACUGAGGCAGCUAGAGGAGGCACCUGUUUUUUAUUGCCAGGAGGAUGUCCUUAAGAGUUUCAUGGUUGCGCCGAGAUCCGAGGGCGAGGAAAGUGGUCAAGGCUACGAGUCCUGUGAACAGCAAAGCGAAGAAGAGGUGCGCUUUGAAAACUCUGAUGACUGGCAGAGCGUGAUGAAGACCGUUUUCAGCACCGAAGAGGUAACCACAAGUGGCGGUAUCAACAAAAACAUCGCUGGCGAGACUGCUGGUACCUCUUACUGGACUCCGGUUGCGGAUCAACAGAUCUUGAAGUCUGAAGAAAACAAUCCGCUAAUUGUCUCUAAUGCUGGCGAGCUGCUACAAACUGUGGGGGCCGAGGCCACCGUGAUGACCACUGGAGCCGCAAAUGCCGAUCAACAGGAAGUUUUUACCAUCACCGGGACUGAAAAUCCAGGACAACCCAUAUCAACUCCAGGCUUGCGCCGUGAAGAACGCGACAAGUACAAAUGUCUAUAUUAUCUAGUAGAAACAGCCAUGGCUGUUCGUCAAAACGAACCUAACGAAAAGGAUGAAGUUUAUAUGCGCAAUUAACCUUCAAAGCUACGUGAUGCCCUAAACAAUGAAGAUCCAAUGUACAUAGUAUUCCAUCAUUUUUUGAAAAAGAAUCGCAGCUGGAGCUGUUAUGUUAAUGUGUUAUGAUUAUAGCCUAUAUAUAUUAUAGUUUGGCGGAUUGAGCAUUUUCAAACAUUAUUUGUUAAUCACAAAACAAAAUUGGUGAAAACUGAACAAAUCCAAAAAUGACUAAAUCAACACGAAUAACUACACACGCUUUGAAUAAAAAUAACACCUAUUAUACAGUAAA